AUGGCUGCAACCGUUCUGAGCGGCAGCUGCAAGAAGGUUUCAACGAGACUGCCCAAGCUUCUCCACCAAUGCUCGCAAACAUCAUACAGGGCGACCUGGGCCUUCCCCAGUGCACCGAUCACGAUCAACAACAUCCUGGGGUUGGACUAUUGGAACAACCUGACCUAUGUACCGAUGAUGACUUCAGGGGCUGGUCGCUUGCUCGUUAGCGUCCAUGAGAUUCUCGAGCCGAAGAUGGCGUACAGCCGUCCAAGAGUCGAAGAGGAGGACUUUGAACUCUUCGUGUGA